ACAGCACGAACAACAUCCCGCAGCCUCUGCUAACAUUACCCUACAGUGCGCGUCACCGACCCGGGAGCGCGCCUUCUCCCAGCUCUGACAUCACACAGCCUCAGCAUGGCGGUCAAGUUCACCAAAAGAGCUGAUCCCAAUGAGCUGAAGAAUAUAUUUCUGCAGUAUGCCAGCGUUGAAAAAGAUGGGGAAAAUUACAUGACACCACCUGACUUUGUGCAGAGAUACCUCAGACUGCACACAGAUGCUCACCACAAUCCCAAGACUGUGGAUCUACUAGGAGGGGUCGCUGACCAGACCAAAGAUGGGUUGAUCUCCUUCCAGGAGUUCCAGGCAUUCGAGUCAGUGUUGUGUGCCCCAGAUGCUAUGUUCAUUGUGGCUUACCAGUUAUUUGAUAAGGGCGGCUUAGGGGAGGUCACUUUCGAGGAUGUUAAGGAAAUAUUUGGACAGACGAUCAUACACCAUCAUAUCCCUUUCAACUGGGACUGUGAGUUUAUUCGGCUUCAUUUUGGCCACAACCGGAAGAAACCUCUUUCCUACUUGGAGUUUACAGAGUUUUUACAGGAACUUCAACUGGAACAUGCUCGCCAAGCCUUUGCCCGGAAGGACAAGAGUAAGACUGGCAUGAUCACGGCCAUGGACUUCAGCGAUAUUAUGGUUACUAUACGUUCCCACAUGCUGACUCCAUUUGUAGAAGAAAAUCUUGUCUCCGCUGCAGGAGGAACCAUCUCACACCAAGUCAGCUUCUCCUACUUCAAUGCUUUUAAUUCCUUGCUAAACAAUAUGGAAUUGAUACGGAAGAUAUACAGUACAUUAGCAGGCACAAAAAGAGACUUGGAGGUCACCAAAGAGGAAUUUACUAAUUCUGCAAACAAAUUUGGACAGAUUAGCCCACUAGAAAUUGACAUCUUGUUCCAGCUUUCAGAUUUAUUUAAUGCGACUGGACGUCUCACUCUGACAGAUAUUGAGAGAAUUGCACCACUAGAAGAAGGAGCUUUGCCUUACAACUUGGCUGAAAUCCAGAGACAGCAAUCGUACAGCAACAUAGGUAGGCCUAUCUGGCUCCAGGCUGCGGAGUCUGGCUACAGAUUCAUGUUGGGUUCAAUUGCUGGAGCUGUCGGAGCUACGGCCGUGUACCCCAUUGACCUUGUGAAGACUCGCAUGCAGAACCAGCGGUCUUCCUUUGUUGGAGAGCUGUUGUAUAAAAACAGUUUUGACUGUUUUAGGAAAGUGUUGCGCUAUGAAGGCUUUUUUGGGCUUUACAGAGGUCUUCUACCACAACUAGUAGGCGUUGCCCCGGAAAAAGCUAUUAAACUGACGGUGAAUGAUUUUGUUCGAGACAAGUUUACUCAGCGAGAUGGCUCGAUUCCGUUACUGGCUGAAAUCAUGGCUGGCGGCUGUGCAGGAGGCUCCCAAGUCGUUUUCACAAACCCGCUGGAGAUUGUCAAGAUUCGCUUGCAGGUCGCAGGAGAAAUUACCACAGGCGCCAGAGUCAGCGCCCUCACUGUGCUCAGAGAUUUGGGUUUCUUUGGUCUUUAUAAGGGUGCCAAAGCUUGUUUUCUACGGGACAUCCCCUUCUCGGCCAUCUACUUUCCUGUCUAUGCGCACUUCAAGUCUUUGUUUGCUGAUGAAAAGGGCCACGUAGGAGCCUUACAACUGCUGACCGCUGGUGCCAUUGCAGGUGUACCUGCAGCGUCCUUAGUAACCCCUGCUGAUGUCAUCAAGACAAGACUGCAAGUGGCAGCGCGAGCCGGCCAGACUACGUAUAACGGUGUUUUCGACUGCUUUCAAAAAAUCCUUAAAGAAGAAGGAUCGAGGGCUUUCUGGAAAGGAGCUGGAGCUCGAGUAUUUCGAUCUUCCCCCCAAUUUGGUGUCACACUGGUUACCUAUGAGCUGCUGCAGAGAUGGCUGUAUGUUGAUUUUGGAGGAGUCAAGCCUUCGGGAUCAGAGCCUUCACCAAAGACCAGAAUCUCCAACCUUCCCCCGGCACAUCCAGACCAUAUAGGAGGCUACAGACUGGCCACUGCUACCUUUGCAGGGAUAGAAAACAAGUUUGGUCUCUAUCUGCCAAAGUUUAGGCCUCCCGAGGCAGCUUCUCAGGUCAAAACUGCAGCUUCAGUAUAAUGGAGACCCGGCGGGCUCGGUACAUAUAGUAUUUAACGACGAAGCACAGUUCAGUACCUCUCUGGUCAUUUGCAUGUGGGUUUAUCUGCUGCUCGUCCCAUUCUAAUAUCAUUAUUUGUUAAGAGACAAAUCACCUGUUUGCACAGAAGAGGUGUAUCUGCUUCAUUCAGCACAUAGAAUGUAUUCUUGUUUCCUAAAGAGAGCAUGUGUGUUUUGGGUUUUUUUUUUCUUUUUAAUAGACUGCUUUAUACAGCUUCGCACUCACUGUUACUGUACAUAUUGUACAUCUGUACAGAGACAUCACGGCACAUAGGACGUCUUUCUGCAAGGGGUGGAGGAAAAUGUACAGAACAUAUGGGAGGUGUUACCGUGACAUUAUAUAAUGUAUUAUGAUUUCAAUUUCUCAUUUAAUCAUUUUGAUGUAUUUUAUGGAAAUAAAACAUUAUUGUUUGA